CAGCGUCAUUAACCUGCCGAAUUGUUUUUCUGCAUUGUGCGCUGCUCUGACACAGACAACUGAUUAUGAGCAGGUGAAGUUACAGCGAGCAUCAAGAACAAGUUUAUUUCAAGUACACUGGACAUGUCAGGACCUAAAACAGCUGGAGCUGAUGCUGGAUCAGUGGUGUCGGACCCUCAACACUCCCAAAAGCUUCUAAGGGUCCUUCAGUCUUUAAGACAAGAGGAUUGUUUUCAAGAUGCAGUGUUGGUUUUGGAGGGUGAACAGAUUCCUGUUCAGAAAAACAUCCUGGCUGCUGCAAGUCCUUACAUCAGGACCAAAUUAAAUUACAACCCACAAAAGGAGGAUGGAUCUGUAUACAAAAUCGAGUUGCAAGGGAUCUCUGUCACAAUCAUGAGGCAGAUAUUGGACUACAUUUUCAGUGGGCAGAUUACCCUAAAUGAAGACACCAUCCAGGAUGUGGUCCAGGCUGCUGAUCUUCUGCUCCUCACUGAUCUCAAAUCCCUGUGCUGUCAGUUCCUGGAGAGCUGCAUCACUGCAGAGAACUGCAUUGGUAUUCGGGUCUUUUCUUUGCAUUACUGCCUGCACCACGUCUACCACGUGGCCACCGAGUACCUGCAGACGCAUUUUCGAGAUGUGGCCAAUACGGAGGAGUUCCUGGAGCAGCCGCCAGAUCGCCUCUGUGAACUCCUGUCUAUAGAGAAGCUCAACGUGGGGAAUGAAAAGCACGUUCUGGAGGCCGUGGUCCGCUGGAUCGCACAUGACACUGAAGCUCGGCGAGUCCAUAUGAAAGAGGUGAUGUCCGCCGUGUGGGUUCAGGGCCUGGACCAGAGCUACCUCCAGGAGCAGAUGCUCGGAGACUCCCUGAUGAGGGAAGUAAUACGGAAUUAUUGUAUGGAGUCUCUGGGAGGAGCAGCGCAGCAGGGGGAGGCGCUGCUCGCUGCGUUUAAACCCCGCGGCUACUCUGAGUGUAUCGUCACUGUAGGGGGUGAGGAGAGGAUCUCGCGGAGGCCUACGGCAGCAGCGCGAUGCAUGUGUCCGCUUUAUGACCGAAACAGACAGCUCUGGAUUGAACUGAAGCCAAUGAAUGAGAGGCGUGUUGGCCACAGGGUUGUGUCAGCAGAGGGAUACCUGUUUGCAAUAGGAGGAAUGGAUGAGAAUAAAACUGUCUUGAGCAGUGGAGAGAAAUAUGACCCAGAGACCAACACCUGGACUCAAAUCCCACCAAUGAUGCAGGCCAGGCAGCACUUUGCCAUUGCAGAGUUGGAUGGGAUGAUCUACGUCUUGGGUGGAGAGAACAAGGACACUGAGGUCCUCCUCACGAUGGAGGUGUUUGACCCCCAUUGCAAUGUUUGGCGAACACAACCACAAAUGACCACAGUGCGCAAGUUCGGUUGCUGUGCCACCAUGAAGAAGAAAUUGUAUGUGAUGGGCGGAGGAUCAUUCGGGAAGAUUUACGACUCUGUGGAGUGCUAUGACCCCAAAACCCAGCAGUGGACAACAGUCUGCCCUCUUAAGGAAAGGAGGUUUGGCGCGGUAGCUUGUGGCAUUGGACAAGAGCUCUAUGUAUUUGGUGGUGUGAGGAACCGAGACGCUGACAAUCCAGAGUCCAGUCAGAUGACCAUCUGCAAGUCUGAGUUCUUCCAUGAUGAACUAAAAAGGUGGGUGGAUUUAGAUGACCAGAACCUCUGCAUACAGGCCACGUCGUCUUUUGUUUAUGGAGCUGUUCCUAUUGGUGCCAGCAUAUAUGUGAUUGGAGAACUUGACACUGGCACCAGUUUUGACUAUGUGCGGGAGUUCCGCCGAAGCACGGGUACCUGGCACCCCACCAGACCCCUCAUGCCCUCUGAUCUGAGCAAGACGAGCUGCGCCGCCCUACGCAUCGCUAACUGUAAGCUGUUCCGCCUGCAGCUCCAGCAGGGACAGUUCCGCAUCCGGGUUCAAUCCACAUAAAUAGCUUUAUGUCACUCCUCCGUCGUCUGCUGGGCUGGAGGAGGAUGCAGAGGAUUGUGGGCUUACACUGGCAACAGCAGAUGUUUGGUUAUAACGUGGGAAAGCUUGAAUUAAUGGUCCUGUUUUUUAUGUUUGAUGCAUUUCGAGGAUGAAUUGUACAUGUUUUUUUUUUUUUUUUUCAUUCAUUUUUAACUUGACUCCCAGGCACAGGAAAUGCUGUUACAUUAGAUAGGACCUGCUCACUAUAGGUUAUAUUGUUGCAGCUUGUUAUUUGACGCUUUUGAACAUUGGUGAAGGAGGUCAAAAUUGCCUAUUUUAUACAGUAGUUGAGUCUUAAAUGUGGGUUCGGUAAGUAAGGGAACAAAUUAAAUCAAGAACUAAUCAGGGCUAGUGGUAUGUUCAUAUCAAGCACAAUUAUGUUGCUAAUGCAAGUGUCUGUCUAGCUACUGUACAAUCAAAAUUGAAAUGACAUGCUAGAUUACUGAAAUGAUUUAAAAUGUCAUCUCAUUGCUCUUUUGCUGAUAAUUAAUCUUGAAUUUUAAGUUUUCUGUUAUAUAUGUAUUUAUAAUUUUAAAUAUUCUAAUAAUAAGUAUACAUAUAAUACACACAAUUUAUAUAUAUAUAUAUAUAUAUAUAUAUAUAUAUAUAUAAAACUAAAUAUAUUACGGAUUAUAAACAUAUAUUUAUAUAAUUAUUAUUGUAAGUGCAUAAGUUGACUGGAUGCCUUCUUUUGACUGGAAGGCCGCCUUAUGAGAAAUUUCAGUCUUGUUAAACUUUGCCAAUACGUACAUUAUGCCUUACAAAUUGCGAGUAACAUUACUUUUUUUCUUUUUAAGUCCCAUCUGUGUUUCAUUUAUGAAAAGAAAAAUUGCCGGUAAACGCCCAGCUGUGGGACUGUUUUUACUGAAUUUGGAUACCUACUCUUGUUCAGAAAAUGAACUUAAAGUAGCCAGUUUUUAUAUUACAUUUGUUUAAUAAAUGCGGUUAAAUAUUUAAUUAGUCUCAACAGUUAACUUGGUAGCCUUAGUUAAUAGUCAGACUAAGUUUUCUGAUUGGUGUUAUACAAGCAAGAAUAUAUGAGUUUACAUUUUAGUUUAGACUAAUCUUUAUGCACUGUAUUGUCAAAGUUGAAAGCGAAAAUGGUGGAUAUUUGCAUAUUUCAUGUGUCUUUCUCUGGCUGCGUGCUGGUCUGCCUAUCUUAACUGAUCAAAUUUUGCUGUUGGUCUUGUAUCCAGGGACUCAAAACACCACAGCAUGUCAGAAAUAGAUGCAAGUUGCUGGUCUCACCCUUAUGUGGCGAGAUGUAUUUUGUGAAUGACCUCUGAACUGGCUUUCCUGUCAGUGUGGACGGUUUUGGCAUCUGGUGACCCCAUUUGUUCUGUGCAUGAUUCAGCUGCUGCUGUCUGUUCUAAUUGAAGGGACGAACAUUGCAUAUUCACCACCAUGGAAAUGCAAUCCAAUAGCAGGAAUAAAUACACACUUUCACACACUAGACACUAACAUUUGUCUCAAACUAUGAGAAUGUGGGCGAAAAAAUGUUACAGGACCAAUUUGUGGUAUUUGCACCAAUGCACUGAUCACUAGAUUGAAGAUGUGAACUUACCAAGGUUAGUGUAAGUUGUACUUUCUAUAUCACCACAAAAUUUGCUGUUGUUAUUGACGUGGAAGUGCUGUCAGAAUGCAGAGUAUAUUAACUAUGCAUGAUAAGUAGUGUGUUCCUCGCCAAGACUUCACACACAAUACAUGCUCAUGAAAAUGAUCAACACACUCACUUUACUGUAAACACUGUCAUGAGUCCAUUUGCACACAAAACUAAAACACUUGGUGUCUGCCAGAACAUUGUGAUUAAUAAAAUGUAGCACAUAAUGUUUAUAUUUUGCAAAGUGGUGUUCUGGUACUAGAGGGACAUUUUCACUGUGGAAUUCUUAUUCCAUGUUUUUGAUGUUUUGGAAUUUAGAAUGUUAGAUCUGCCUCCGAGGUCAUGUUGAAAUAUGCCUCGUAAUAAAAUCUUAUGCGGAA